CAUAUUUUUCAAUUAUGUGAAAGUUAAUAAUUGAAUUAACAGCAUGUGACAGUAUGACAUCACUUUCAUGUUUUAGAACACUGAUAUUAGGUGCUUGUAAUAUGCUUCAUAAAGGUCCACGUCCAUUAGUUUUGUGUGGUCCUUCAGGAAGUGGAAAGAGUACAUUAAUAAAAAACCUUUUUGAAGAAUUUCCAGAUACAUUUGGUUAUUCUAUAUCACAUACUACCAGAGCCCCUAGACCAGGUGAAGAAGAUGGAAAACAUUAUUAUUUUAUAACUAAAGAAAAAAUGCAAAAGCAGAUAGAACAAAAUGAAUUUCUUGAAACUGCUACAUUUAGUGGAAACAUGUAUGGCACUAGCAAAUAUGCAAUAGAAGAAGUACAAAAUACAGGAAAAGUUUGUAUAUUAGAUAUUGAUAUGCAAGGUGUAAAACAAAUAAAACAAAGUUCCUUCGAUCCCCUAUACGUAUUUAUUAAACCACCAUCUCUUGAAGAAUUAGAGAAGAGGUUAAGAGCUAGAAAAACAGAAACAGAAGAUGCUUUGCAACAAAGAUUAUCUAUUGCUAAAGCAGAGAUGGAAUAUGGAGAAAAGCCUGGAAAUUUUGAUAUAGUGAUUGAAAAUGAUAAUUUUUUUGAGGCAUAUGAGAAGUUAAGAAAAUUUGUUAUGUCAAAAGUGAAACAAAAUGAAGAGGGGUGUUAA